AUUUAAAAUAAAAUGAACGCUGAGGAAGGCAAGAAGAUAGUUAAGUCAAUCGUGGAUGACUGGAGUCAGAUCUAUAUCAAUCAAGUGUUCUAUAUUAAAAGUUUUAACAAUGUCCAUAAUUACUAUGUUGAAUUCUCUAGGCCUCACAAGAUCAAGCCUAUUCCUGAGUCUACUGUUAAAAUAUAUUUCUAUGUCAUUGAUACUACUGAUGAGGAGGAUAAUGACCCUGAGAAGCCGUAUAAAGUGGAGUUUAAUUUUGAAUCAGAGUCCUUGAGGCAUACUCUAGAUAAGACUAUGAGAAAGAACAUGUUUGAGAAAUGGAUCGAUCGGGUUCUAGAGAAAAAGAGUAAGAUUAAAGAACUUCUCCAUCUUGGAACUGAGUUUGAAUAUACUCGUAUUAUUGAUGAGACUGGAAAGUCAGUCAAUCCAUUCAUUCCAAAGUUUGAUAUUACUAAGAUUAAUGAUUUCAAGGAAGAAAUUAAGGAAAGUCAGAAGGUAAGAGUUGAUUCUCCCAGAUUUAUCAGAACCUUGACUAAAGCUCUUUACGAAGUGUUUCACAAGGCUGAUGUUGACCAAAGUGGAUCACUAACUUAUAAAGAAUUCAAAGAUGCAUUCAGAAAUCUUUCUUAUGGAUUAAAUGAUAAUGAUAUUUAUACUCUCAUCUCUCUUGCAGAUGAGAACGAUGAUGGGUUGAUUUCAUGGGAAGAAUUUGUUCCUAUUGGAGUUGAAGGUAUUAAAACAUUCUAUGCAAGAAAUCAAAUUUUACAAAAAUCAGCCGAAACAAUCAAAGAAAUCAAUGCUGAAGCAAUGGAGGCAGUCUAUUAUCCAGAAAUCAAGAAAGCAUGGGAAAUCCUUGAGAAAGAAUUCAAAAAGCAAGACAUUCAUGACAAAGGCACCGUCACAAUUUUUCAACUGAAGAAAGUGCUCAAAAGGUCCAACCUCGUGACUCCCAAAGAAAUCAACGCCCUCGUCAGGAACUGAGAUGUCGACGCGUACGAGUACAGCCUCAACUUCAAGAAAGACCUCUUCAGUGUCAGGUUCGAGCUCGCCAAAAGCCAGAUCUUGGAGUCGAACAUGGACCACGUCCAGAAGAGCAUUGUCGAAGACUGCAAGAUGAUCGACACUGCCAAGAGAGGCAAGGUCCACAUCAACCAGAUGAACGAGGUGCUGAGGAACUCCAAGUUCGUGGUUCUGAGUCCGUUCCAGAUCCACAUGGUGCUUGGACAGGCCGAGCUCGAUGAAGACAGACUGGUCAACUACCAGAACUUCUCCAUCAAAGUCAAGGAAGCCAUCGACUCGGUCUACUCGCUGGACGCCCUGAGCGACCUGGCUGACAUGAUUGCGUCCGAGAAAGUCAAGCCGGACGAAGUGGAGCAGACCUACAUUUCGAACUUGGAGCUAUUCAAGCUGUUUAAGCAGUACGACUUGAACAUGAAUGGCUUCUUGGAGCUAGACGAGUACAUUGAGUGUCUGCAGAGUCAGGACCUUAGCCUGUCUAAAGAAGAAGUCAUCACAAUGUCGCUCAUGGCUGAUACCAAUGGUGAUGGAAAAAUAGAUUAUGAGGAAUUUAUGAAACACUUUAGAGAUGUAUUAGAUCUUACAAGAUUCCAGAAAUUGCUAAAUACAAAAGAGUCCGAGCAUCAGAGCUUUAAGAGAGAACAGACUCUUGCUAAACAGAAAGCAGAAGAAGAAGCGAAAAGAAGAGAAGAUGACUUAGCUAUAUAAAUUCAAUUUUAAA